GUGAGAUGCGGCCAGCGCUGGUACGAUAUGUGGUCUUCCCGUUGCUGGCUGCAGCACCGGCGUCGUACCGCGUGGAGUGGUACGGCACAUUCGUACGGCGCAUGGUACAGCACCUGCACGUCACGGCGGGAUCCGGUGGUGCGGGGCCUUCCGCGCCGCCUGACGUACCCCAGUUGAUGAACAGCUGGGUGUGCUACUUGCUGAUCGAGGGCAUGUACGGAAUGUGUACGGUACAAGAGGUCAAUCUUGUAUGGGAGAAGGCCAACCGCUCCGCCCGCCUGCCCGCCGAGCAGCUGCGCAACGCGCCCCUCAGGGCGCUGUGCAGGCGCGAGCUGUGCAGGCCGCCACCACCGCCCUCGCAGAACGCACACGAUAUGGAGUACCGG